AAAAUCAAGGAGCUGCAGCGCAUGCGCGGAAAAGUGAGGGGCGGAUCUCCGUGAGAAUAGGGAAAAUGGCGGAAUAUGUGCAGGUGUUCAAGAGGGCGCUGCAACAGCUCGGUGGACAUGGCGGCAUUCGUGGCGUUAUGUGGCAGCUACUCAGGGUCAAUGAUCUGAAGAUUGGUACUCUAGUAGGAACUGAUAAGUAUGGAAACAAGUACUAUGAAGACAAAAGAUUCUUUUUUGGUCGUCAUAGGUGGGUCAUAUAUACUGCAGAAAUGGAUGGCAAGAACACAUACUGGGAUUUAGAUGGAAGCAUGAUACCUCCUGAAUGGCAUCGUUGGAUUCACUGUAUGACAGAAGACCCACCAACUACACAUCCACUAGUGAGUCGUAAAUUCAUUUUCCAAAAUCAUAAAAUGAAUGAAAGUGGUACUCCCAAACAGUAUGUACCAUACUCUACAACACGUAAGAAGAUACAAGAGUGGGUUCCACCAUCUACACCUAGCAAGUGAAAGAAAAAGAACAUAGUAAUUUGCAAAGAAAAGAUUGUUGGUGUAUGUCUUUAUUUAAAAUAAAGAGUUUGGUUAAAAACAUUUUGAAAUCAAAAUAUUGUUGAGAAAGAGUUAGCGGAGUAAUCAGUGGGCAGAAACAGAAUAUAUAUGCUGUAAAGGUGCAUGCUUGUGGAAUAGUUUUGUAGAAUUGAGAGUCUGGUAGAAUCCAGUGGCUUUAGUUACAAAAUAUUACCACAUAUAUAACAUAAUAAAUUUACAAUCAUUUUUUAAAUAAAUUAAAUUUUGAGAGUGCCCAGUUCCUCAAUAACUUUGGGAAGCCUAUAAUUACAAGAAAACAACAUAAGGUUAAACAAGAAUAGAGCUUAUCAUAUCACACGCCUGUUCCAAGGCCUGGAAAAACAAUCCAAGUUUUCAACAAUUUACAUAAGGUAGUAUAGCUCCCUCUAAGGAUGUCAUUUCAAAGGAUGAAGGGGGUUGCCAUUGAGAAGACACCCUGUUGAAUUGAUGGAACCUGGAUCAUACUUACUCUUCCUGUCCUCACCAGAUGGAUGGAAACAUGGAUUAAUGGAUCUCUAUUAUUGUAGGAUAUAUAAAUUAUUGGAUAUAUAAAUUAGAUGUAGAAAUGCUUCAAGUUACACAGUGUGCAAAGGAAAAACUAAUGCUAAAAACCUUACUCAGAGACUAAAUCAGAAGUGAGGAAUGUCAGCUAUGGACUAACUUCAAACAUGUCAUAAAAUAGUAUUGAAACAAAUAUAAAUGUGUAAAACAGUCAGUUAACCUACAAGAUAGAUGAACCACAGAAAAUAUCUUGGUUCUAUCUGUAACACCAUACCAAAAAAAGUAAUAAAAUAUAGGUGUCUGUUGAAUGUCCAAUGUUAACACUACCCAGGUGAAUACAAUAAAGUGAAAGUAUAGUCUAAUAAGAAAUCAGUCAUUUUAUUUCUUACACUUUUCAUCUGACUUUGGAAAGAAUAUAAAUUCUAUUGUUCAGUGCAGGAUGUUGUGAAGUGCUGCAGAUUAACUUGCUUUUGAGAUUUGUCUAAAGUUUUAUAAUACCUAAAAGAAUCAGCAGUGUAAAAAUUGAGAACUUUUAUGUUUUGGUAAUGUCACUAGUAUAUUCAAAACUUACACUAGUUACUAAAUUCUGAACUAGAAUGUUUACAUCAAAAUUGAUCAAAUAAAUGAAUAUCAAAUAUUA